AUGAACCUUAGCUGCUCGGAAGAACGGCGGAGUAGUGGGGCAUCCAUAUUUCUUUCACUGUGGUUCUCCUUGUCUGGUUUGGCAGCAGUGGUGGGAAACGCAACAGUGUUGGGCAUUCUCUACAAGAAGGAGUCUUUACGUACAAUUUCCAAUCGAUUCUUGGCCUCAUUGUCCGUAGCAGACUUUUUCGUUGGGCUUGUUUUGAACCCAAUACUUUUGGCCACGUAUCUGUCGCAGCCUCAAAGUGGACAUGGAAGUAUGACUAAGAUCAUAAAGCCGAUCUUAUGGAUUCACUCUGCUGGCGCCACAUCGUUAAGUUUGUGUUGUGCUUCCGUUGACAGGUUAAUUGCGAUUCGCUUUCCUUACCGCUAUCAAGAAUUUGUAACCAAGACAAGAUGUCAUGUGGUGAUAACUGCGGUGUGGGUGAUCUCACUGUUUCUUCCUUUCUUGAUAUUUAUAAAAGAUGGAGCGGGGUUGUUGUUCUUCGCAGCCAUAACGUAUCUUUUUCCAAUAUUUGUGGUUAUUUUGUCUUAUGCUUUUAUUUUUAAGGCUGCCAGAACACAAGGUAAGAGAAUAAGGGAAGAACGUCAUCACUCCAAUGACGACACACUCCGUGGCGUUGUUAAAAAUUUGAAAGCCAUUAAAACAAUUGGACUCGUUUUUAGUGUUUGUAUCAUAACAUGGAUUCCCUGUUUCAUUCUGACUAUUAUUACUUAUCAUUAUUAUACAACGAAGAAGGAUUGCCUCUUUGAGAAACUGCUUUCAUUAGCAUGGCCGUGGGUUCAGGCAACUGCGCUAACUUCAUCAGCUAUCAACCCAUUAAUAUACUACUUCAGAAAUGGCGAAUUUCGACAAGCUUUU